AUGGAAGCUGGUUUCAUCUUCCAACACAACAACACGUUCCUGCCACCUAGACCAGACUACAACACGUUCCUGCCACCUAGACCAGACUACCACACACUCCUGCCACCUAGACCAGACCACAACACACUCCUGCCACCUAGACCAGACUACAACACGUUCCUGCCACCUAGACCAGACCCCAACACACUCCUGCCACCUAGACCAGACUACAACACACUCCUGCCACCUAGACCAGACCACAACACACUCCUGCCACCUAGACCAGACUACAACAAACUCCUGCCACCUAGACCAGACUACAACAUGUUCCUGCCACCUAGACCAGACUACAACACGUUCCUGCCACCUAGACCAGACUACAACAUGUUCCUGCCACCUAGACCAGACCACAACACACUCCUGCCACAUAGACCAGACUACAACACACUCCUGCCACCUAGACCAGACUACAACAUGUUCCUGCCACCUAGACCAGACUACAACACACUCCUGCCACCUAGACCAGACUACAACAUGUUCCUGCCACCUAGACCAGACUACAACAUGUUCCUGCCACCUAGACCAGACUACAACAUGUUCCUGCCACCUAGACCAGAUCACAACACACUCCUGCCACCUAGACCAGACUACAACAAACUCCUGCCACCUAGACCAGACUACAACAUGUUCCUGCCACCUAGACCAGACUACAACACGUUCCUGCCACAUAGACCAGACUAUCACACGUUCCUGCCACCAAGACCAGACUACAACACGUUCCUGCCACCAAGACCAGACUACAACACACUCCUGCCAACUAGACCAGACUACAACACGUUCCUGCCACCAAGACCAGACUACAACAAACUCCUGCCACCUAGACCAGACUACAACACACUCAUGCCACCAAGACCAGACUACAACACACUCCUGCCAUGUAGACCAGACUACAACAUGUUCCUGCCACCUAGACCAGACUACAACAUGUUCCUGCCACCUAGACCAGACUACAACACAUUCCUGCCACCUAGACCAGACUACAACAUGUUCCUGCCACCUAGACCAGACUAG